GGUAGUGUAGUCCAGGCGUCCUGGCCCAGCUGGUGGCUGGAGUGACCCCUUGUUCCUCGCGGGUGAGUGCGGCGCCCGUGGGGCUCUAAGCUGCAGCCGUGCCCUUCCCUGAGCGGAAAGGUAGGUCCUGAAAGUCUGGGCUGUUGGCUGCACCUGAGGCUGGGGACUGUGCUGGUGCCGGGCAGAGGAGGCGACGGCGGGACGCGCUGUCGCGAUUCAGGCCGUGCCCUCCCGGAUGUCAUAUUUGGGAUGUGAGCGCGCAUCUCCGAUGGACGUGGGCGAAGCUUAGCCGCGAUGCCCGGUGGUGGCGGAUGCCGGAAUCCAGCCACGUCCCGGGGCUCCUGUGGGUGAGGACACGUUAGGCCUUGGCCGAAAGAGCAGUGAUGAUGGGGGCGAAUCCCUCUACCCCCAAGUCCCUGGGGGCCAGAGGGUUGAGUAAGUUGGCAUGGGGGCCUGAUGUUUCCCAGGUGCUGGGAUGAGGGCCAGCCCGCCGCCAAGAGUUUUGGUGGGUGGUUUGCCGUGGGCAGCAUGUGCCUGGGAUGGGCUGGGUAUGGAACGGGCCACUUUGGCAGCGAUCUUGGGUGUGUUUUUGACCGGUUGCCCCUGGAUUCAGGCCUUGGAGGAAGAGGUUGUCUGAGGCCCACUGGGCAAGAUUCUCAAAGGUCCUGGAAACCUGCGUUGACCACAGCAGUCACGGAUGUGCACGGCUCCGGUGUUUCCGGACUGCGGGAUUUUAAAUUCCAUUUUAAAGUUUUAUUAGGGAGAGAUUUUAGACAGAAAUAAAUAGAACUCUACAGACCCACAUCCAGAUGUAACCCUUGUCACCUGGAGAGCAAUCUUGAUUCGUCUCAAAAUGACACACUGAGAAGCCUUACAACCCACAGAGUUUCCCUGUGCCUGCCCUACUUGAAGAGCCUAGCCUCGGCUGCCAGCUUUCAUCCAGACUCUGUGACUUUGUAAUGGUGUCACCUUGGAUAAGGGACUGACUUCACUGUGCUUCAGUUUUCUCAUCUGUAAAAUAAAGGUUAUAAAUCGUACUCCAUUGGGUUGUGAGGCUAGAAUGAAGUAAGACGGUUCUGUGCCUGGAACCAUCUCUGAUGUGUACAGUCCUAAGUGCCCAGUGAGUACGAACUUUGCUUAGGAAGGUCAGAGGCAAGAGUGGGUCAGCUCAGGCCUGGUGUCGGCAGCCUUACUGGGGCAGGCUGUGUUCUCAGCGAGCUGCCCGCAGCCUUUUCUUCUGUGACAGGUACAUUCCUGAUGCCUUUAAGGAAAAGGAAAGUCUAAGGGCGUGAGUUUCCAGUGACUCUCCUGAACCUUACUGCUCUUGUGCUGCCCAGAGAGGAAGCCUGGUGGGCGAGGAGAGGGCUCCUGACAGCCCAGACUCACGUGGGGACUGCUCGCCUUCCGUGUGCUGAACCAAAGGCACACAUGGCAUUCAGAGAUGUGGCUGUGGAUUUCACCCAGGAUGAGUGGGUGCUGCUGAGCCCUGCUCAGAGGUCCCUGUACCGGGAGGUGAUGCUGGAGAACUACAGCAACCUGGUCUCACUGGGCAUUCCGUUUUCUAAACCAAAACUCAUCACCCAGCUGGAGCAAGGGAAGGAGACCUGGAGAGAAGAGAGGAAAUGCUCGCCCGUCAGCUGCCUGGAACCAAAGCCAGAACUCCACCUCUGUCCGUCCUGCCCUCCGGAUCUCUGCAGUCAGAAAUUCCACGUGCAGCAGGUGCUGUGUAGUCCCCCACCCUGGAUCUUCACGUGCUUGUAUGCCGAAGAUCCCGUGCAGCCAGGAGACCUGUGCCUGGAGGACCAGCAGCAGCAGGCCGCUGGUGGUAGUGCCUGGAUCGAGGAAGCGGAAGGGCAGGAGAGGGAAGGUGCCCUGCCUUUGUUUGGAAAGACAGAGAAAAGUACUGUAGAAGUAUUCCCCAGGCCACCCCAGAGGCAGCCAGUCUUCUCUGGGGGUGGGGUCCCAGGUAUGGAGAUAGAGGCCGGCCCGGCACAAAUGGGGACCCCUGAGGAAACAGACAGGCUGUUGAAGAGGAUCGAAGUCCUGGGGUUUGGGACUGUCAACUGUGGAGAGUGUGGACUGGGUUUCAGCAAGAUGACGAACCUGCUCAGUCACCAGAGGAUCCACUCUGGGGAGAAGCCCUACGUGUGUGGGGUGUGUGGGAAGGGCUUCAGUUUAAAGAGGAGCCUGGACGGACACCAGAAUGCGCACUCAGGGGAGAAGCCCCUCCUGUGUGGGGAGUGUGGGCGGGGCUUUAAACAGAGGUCGAAGCUCAUCAUACAUGAGAGGACACACUCUGGUGAGAAGCCGUACAUGUGCUGUGAGUGCAGGCGAGGCUUCAGCGAUAAGUCGAACCUCAUCGUCCACCAGAGGACACACUCUGGGGAGAAGCCCUACGUGUGCCAGGAGUGCGGGAAAGGAUUCAGCCAGAAGUCAGCCGUCGUCAGGCACCAGAGGACACACCUGAAGGAGAAGACCAUCGUGUGUGGCAACUGUGGGCUGGGCUUCAGCGACAGGUCGAACCUCAUCUUGCACCAGAGGACACACUCAGGGGAGAAGCCAUACUCCUGCAAAGAGUGUGGGUGGUGCUUCCAGCAGAGGUCCACACUCGUCAACCACCAGAGGACACACUUGAAGGAGAAGCCUUACAUGUGUGGUGUGUGUGGACACAGAUUCAGCCAGAAUUCAACCCUUAUCUCGCACAGGCGCACACACACUGGGGAGAAGCCUUACGUGUGUGGGGUAUGUGGGUGGGGCUUCAGUCUCAAGUCCCAUCUCAACAGGCACCAGAACUCGCACUCCAGGCACAAGCCCAUCGUGUGCAAGGACUGCGGGCGUGUCUUCAGCCAGCAGUCCAACCUCAUCCGACACCAGAGAACGCACUCGGGGGAGAAGCCCCUGGUGUGUGCGGAGUGCGGGCGAGGGUUCAGCCAGAAGUCCAACCUCGUGGAACACCAGAGGACGCACUCCGGGGAGAAGCCGUACGUGUGCAGGGAGUGUGGGCGGGGCUUCCGCCACCAGUCAGGCCUCAUCCGGCACUGCAGCACGCACACAAGGGAACAGCCGUUCAACUGCCGGUGGUGCGGGCGAGGCUUUGGCAACAAGUCCGCCCUGCUCAUGCACAAGUGGUCACACUUGGAAGAGAACUCCUAUCUGUGCACAGAGUGUGGCCAAGGCUUUCCCCACAAGAAACAACUUAUCCUCCACCAGAUGACACACCAGGGGAGGACGCCGCACGUGUGCAAGGCAUGCGGGCAAGGCUUCAGCCAGAAGAGCCACCUCAACAGACACAGGAGAAAUGUGUGCCCACCACAGACCACCGUUUCAGUCUGACACUGAGGCUCCGCCGGAGCAUCCUCCUGACCCCCUCACCCGCUCAAGAGCGCAGACUAAAUCAAAACAUUUUACACUCUUCUUGAAACACAUUCCCUAAGCGGUCAAAAAGACAUUUGAACUCAGUUUACUUCCUCUACCCCAAGUCGUCGUGUUUGGGGCCUUUUGCUCUAAUAAAACUCUGCUGCUUUACAAA